UGUAUUAAUGUGACGUAUAAUGUACAAAUAAUAUAAAAUGACGAUAUGUUGUUUUGAUUGUCACUUAUGUAUAAAAUGUUAUUUUAUAUAAAAAUGCUCAAUCAUAAUCACAUUAUUGAAGCUAUAACUUUUCUUAAUGUUGAUAUAGAGAACAUAUUUUAAAAUAUUUUUGAAAUAAUUAUGAUGGAAGCACAAACAGAUAUUUCUGUUUUGCGACCACCAAUUAAUUUAAGAAAUAUAAAUACUGGCAAUGUUUUUUACAUGCCUUUAACUUCAUUUGCUGAAAUGUGGUAUCAAAUAUUUUUAUGGGCCCUAUUUUCUUCUAUUUUUGUUCAUACUAUAGCUGGUGCAAUUUGUUUUGCUACAUUAAGACAACAUAAAUAUGGAAAAUUCUUCCCAUUAUUGAUUAUAAUAAUGGGUGUAAUAUUACCACUAACAUCAGGAGUUCUUAGCUCUGCUGCUGUUGCUUUUGUAUACAGAGCAUCUCGAUAUCCACUGCCACCAUUAUAUGCAUUAUUUUGGGGUAUUGGUCAAACUGUUGUAGCAGGAUGUGUUGGGUUUACAAGAAUAUUAGCAACUUUAUAAGAUAAAUUAAAAUUUGUAUAUGAA